AUGCUUGUUAGAGAUUCAGAAUUAUAUUUAUAUCAUUUGGCGCUGAAACGCCAAUCGAAUUACAUUCAUUCAUGCACCGGACAUUUUAUCGAUGAGGUGAACAGUGUAGCUGUUAAGGAAGCCAGACCUGCAAGACGAGUUAAAGACUUGCAGCUAUGUAUUGCUACCGAGACCCACUUGGAGCUAUAUGACGUGUCUGAGGGUUCACUGAAAAAGCUAGCAACUAUCGAUAUAUUUGCUACCAUCACAUGCAUGAGAUCCUUUCAUGCCGAGAACCAUGCGAACUCUUUUCUGGCGAUAACGUCAGACUCAGGGAAUUUAAGCAUAGUUCGAUUUGAGCGCAGGGUAAGAGUCGAUGACGGCGAUGACUCGAUCAUCUUAAGGACGCUUAUGAAUGAGCCAUUGAGCAGAUCUGGUAUACGAAGACUUUCCCCCAUAUCUCGAAUAGAGGUAGAUCUUUAUGGAAGAUGCCUAUUUCUGUCUGCGAUUGAAAAAAACAAGCUGUGCUUUGUGCUCAAUACCAACAACGAUGACCGCACUUUGGCUAUUCAGUCGCCUUUGGAAGCCAACAGGCCUAAUAUGUUAACUUUAGAUACUGCUGCAUGCGAUGUUCAGUAUGAGAAUCCUUGCUUUGCAUCUAUCGAGAUAGACACUGCGGAUAAUAAUGAAGUUCACUUAGUCUUUUAUGUAUUGGACCUGGGCCUUAAUCAUAUCGUAAAAAGAGCAGAUUUCAAAAUUGAGACAUCUGCAAAUUUUAUCAUGGGACUGCCGUCAUUGUCUAAAUAUGGCAUUAGUAGCCUCAAUUCUGCAACAAAAGAAUCAGCUUAUGAUGAAGAUGAUAUAAACCCUUUUGUUUUGAUCGGGUUUGAUGAUUAUAUACUAGUCAAGGAUAUGAACGGUUUCUACAAUUUGAAAGUUCAAAUCCCUAAGAGAAAAAGUCAACUUAAAUUAAAAGUUUCAAUUAUUGCGCAUGCUUUGCAAACACUGAAGAAAGAUUUCUUCGUUCUUUUACAAUCUAAUACCGGCGAUCUGUUCAAGUUCAAAGUUUUUCCAGAAAAAUCUGAUGGUAAUAGACCGCAAAUUUCGAUAUCCUACUUUGAUUCCAUUCCUCUGGCUGAGAGCUUACAUAUAUUUAAAAAUGGUUAUCUUUUUGCGAACUCAGAGUAUUGCCACAAUUACUUAUUUCAAUUUGAGAGUCUUGGGGAAGAGGAGGAAAGGACCGGUAAUGUAGUGACUUCACUUGAGCCAACGAAAAAGUUAAAUUUAGAACAAUCUGACACUUUGAGGAAUUUGAGAGUAGUUCAAAAGAUGAAGAACUUGAAUCCAUUACUUUCUGGGGGGGCUCUUAGUAGUUCACCACUGACAAUUUCUACCUGCUCAAGUGAUAAUCCAAGUUUUUAUGUAAAUGGUGUCAACUUCAAUCAUGUCAUCUCAUCACAGCUCCCUGGCGGUGCAAAAAGUAUAUGGACUGUCCGUAUGCCAGCGGAAAAAUAUCACAAGCUUCUUUUUAUAAGCUAUCCGAAAUCCACCAUGAUUUUGAGAAUAGAGGACGGCAGUAUUGAAGAACUCUCAACGACCGGCAAUCCAUUCCGGUUAAAGGGUGAUAGCACUGUACUUGUCCACAGUAUCGGAAAACGAUCAAUAAUUCAAGUUUGUGAAAAUGAGGUUCGGCAAAUAAUAUUCAAUGAUGAGAAUCAACUUUCGUCGUGCAAAUUGGAGUGGUUUCCUCCAGCUGGUAUAAAGGUGGUUUCAGCAGCCUGUACGCAAUAUCAGCUUGCCAUUGGUUUAUCAAACGGUGAGAUAGUAUAUUUUGAGAUGGAUAGGCUAUUGCCCGAAGACAGCUUACAUGAAUUACAAAAUAGGAUUGAAGUUGAUGAAAUCAUCACGAGUAUGUCAAUGUUAUCUGGGUUGAGAAGCGACUGGCUAGCAGUUGGAUCUGAACAAUCAACUGUAAAAAUUUUCUCCUUGAAGAGUUCCAACGCAGACGAAUUUCUUGAAGUGCUUGCGCUGCAGACCUUUGCUGCACCUGUAAACGACGUGAAACUCAUUUCCAAUGAACAGAAUAUAGAGUUGCAUGCUGGUCUACAGAAUGGUAUGUACUGCAGUUCAAAAGUUAACAGCCGUGACGGCGAGAUAGUUGACAUCAAAACCAAACUACUCGGUAUCGAUCCAGUUUCUAUCUCUCUCUUAGACUCGAUCUUCUUUGACGAUUUAGUUGCAGGAUUAGGAGAGGAAGAGGAAGAGGAAGAAGAAGACGAUAAUGAUGAUGGUGAAAUAAACAAACAGGAACGAAUGAAAGAAGAAUGGGAUACAGGUACAUUAAAAUCAUGUCUCGUCCUUCACAGCUCGAAAACCUGGGUGAGCUAUAACCUGGAAUCACUGCUUUACGUGAGGCCCGUGAUAAACCGGACGAACAAUCCGAUAUUGACAAAGGUGACUAAUUUCACAGCGGCAAAUGUUAAAUUGAAUGGUUAUUGCGCGUUAAAUGCAUCUGGUGCAUUAAUCAUAGGUAAACUCACUGAUAUAGUUACUCGACAAAACUGGUUUCAGGACUACGAAUUAGCGCUCUCUGGCGAUAAAGAGGAAGACCAAGAAGAAGAUGAAAGCGAUCUUGAGGAUGAAGAAGAAGGGUCUACUUUGAAAGUGCCAGCUUACAGAACAAAGAAAAUCAUCAAAAUUGCGGAUAGCAAAGGGCUAAUGAUAUACGUUCAGAAUUCAAUAAAUGAGAACCGAACUCGCGUUAUCAUUACAAAAGGCGAAAAGGUUUGCAGCGCAGACACUACAAAGGAAAGUUUCCAACUGCUUGAAAAUAUUAGAACUGCAACUGCAUGUAUCACUAAAUUUUCCACAAAUGUUAAUCACCUCGUGAUUGCUUCAACAGGCGGAAAGUUAUAUACCUAUAUUCUCCACACUAGUGCGAGCGAACGAAAUGUCGAGCCUUCCUUUCGCUUGAAGCUCCUUCAUGAAACAAUAAUAUCAGACUGCAUUCAUGCAAUGACCCCAUUUCUUGAUACUCUUCUGGUACCACUGUUUGGUAACCUUGUGCUUUUCGGACUAGGGAAAAAGCAGCUUUUGAAAAAGUCCAUCUCUGCUACAACUCCUUCAAUUACCAAUAUUACAGCUCUGGCAACUUGGAAAAAUGAAAGACUUGCUGUAGGUGAUAAUAGAGAAUCUGUGACCCUUUUUUUAUUCGACCGGGAAGAGUAUCUCUUCAAAGCGGUGGCAGAUGAUACUGUCAAAAGACACGUUACCGUUUUGAAGUUCCUUGAUGAAAGUACUAUAAUUGGUGGAGAUAAAUUUAGUAAUAUCUGGACAUUAAGACUGGCGAUGGAAUACGAGAAAAAAAUCGAGACGAAUUUUCCUCAUGCUCUAAACAGGUUACAAGACGUGCCAUCGCUAAAAAACAAGGCUCCAAAUAUCAUGGAAUGCCCAUAUAAGUUAAGUCUGAUGAAUCACUUUUUCAUUAAUGACAUUCCUACUGAAAUCCAGGUCUUAGAGUCGAUACAGCUAUCCGAUCGACCAGCUAUAAUAUAUUUGGGAUUGCAAGGUACUAUUGGUUGUCUGGUUCCGCUAUUAUCCAAAUCUGAGAUUAUUCAGUUAAAAAAAAUUGAGGAUAUAAUAAGCUCUGCCGAUGAGAAAUUCUUUUUUGAGCAAGAAAUGCAGAAUUCCAAGAAAGAGGCAGCUGACAUUGACGAUGGCCAAGGCUUUCGAACGUUAAGAACGCAGCGACAGAAAAUACCUGAGGGCGCAUAUUCCAUUGUUGGAAGAGAUCAUUCUAAAUACAGAGGGUAUUAUACACCUCGGCGAAACGUAAUCGAUGGUGAUCUCUGCGAAAGCUUUCUGAGCUUAUCGUUUACUGAGCAGACAUUCCUAUGCAAGGAUCAACAAGGGGUGGAAAUUGCUAACAUUAAAAAACGCAUCAAUAGCGUUAGAAUGAACUAUAUGUGA